GGGACGCAGCGCCACGCGUUGUGUUUCGCUAAUAAGUGUCCGCGCCCUGAAUCUCGCCUCUGGUUGGUGAGAAAGUAGUUCCGCCCCCGGUCGCCAUGUAUCGCUCCGCACGGAACCUGCAGCUCUUCAGCGCGGCUCUGUCGAACCCGAGAUCCAGCAACCUCCGGAACAUCUGCCCUGCGCCGGGACUCCUGCACAGCCCGCUCAGAAUGGCCAGCUCAGAGUCGUUCAGGAUCGAGAGGGACACGUUCGGGGAGCUCAGAGUCCCUUCUGAUAAAUAUUAUGGAGCUCAGACGGUCAGAUCAACCAUGAACUUCAAGAUCGGAGGAGCCUCAGAGAGAAUGCCAAUUCAGGUGAUCAAAGCCUUCGGGAUCCUGAAGAAAGCUGCUGCAGAAGUGAAUAAAGAUUACGGUUUGGACACGAAGAUCGCAGACGCCGUCAUACUAGCUGCUGAUGAGGUGGCUGCUGGGAAGCUGGAGGAUCAUUUCCCGCUGGUGGUUUGGCAAACAGGAUCCGGAACGCAGACUAACAUGAACGUCAAUGAGGUGAUCAGUAACAGAGCCAUCGAGAUUCUCGGAGGAAAACUGGGCAGCAAAGACCCUGUUCACCCCAAUGACCACGUCAACAAGAGCCAGAGCUCUAAUGACACGUUCCCCACUGCCAUGCACAUCGCUGCUGCUAAAGAGGUGCAUGAGGUUCUUCUGCCGGGUCUUCAGACGCUGCAUGACGCUCUCGCUGCUAAAGCUGAACAGUUCAAAGACAUCAUAAAGAUCGGCCGCACACACACGCAGGAUGCCGUGCCGCUCUCUCUCGGACAGGAGUUUGGUGGAUAUGUCCAGCAGGUGAAGUACAGCAUCGAGCGAGUGAAAGCAGCCAUGCCUCGUGUGUAUGAGCUGGCAGCGGGCGGCACUGCGGUCGGCACCGGACUCAACACACGCAUCGGCUUCGCUGAGAAAGUAGCAGAUAAAGUGGCUGCGCUCACAGGUCUUCCGUUCAUCACGGCGGCUAAUAAGUUCGAGGCUCUGGCGGCCCACGAUGCACUGGUGGAGUUGAGCGGCGCUCUGAACACCGUCUCCGUCAGCAUGAUGAAGAUCGCCAACGACAUCCGCUUCCUGGGAUCCGGACCUCGCUCGGGUCUCGGAGAGCUGAUCCUGCCUGAGAACGAGCCCGGCUCCAGCAUCAUGCCCGGGAAGGUGAACCCCACGCAGUGUGAGGCCAUGACUAUGGUAGCAGCUCAGGUGAUGGGAAACCACGUGGCUGUUACUGUCGGAGGAAGCAACGGACACUUUGAGCUCAACGUGUUCAAGCCGAUGAUCAUUAAAAACGUGCUGAACUCUGCCCGGCUGCUGGGCGACGCUUCGGUUUCAUUCACUAAUAACUGUGUGUCUGGAAUCGAGGCCAAUACAGAGAGAAUCAACAAACUGAUGAACGAGUCUCUGAUGCUGGUCACGGCGCUGAACCCUCACAUAGGUUAUGAUAAAGCCGCCACUAUUGCAAAGACGGCGCACAAAGAGGGCUGGACUCUGAAAGCCACGGCCGUGAAGCUGGGAUUCCUGACGGAGGAGCAGUUUGAGCAGUGGGUGCGACCGCAGGACAUGCUGGGACCCAAAUAGAUCGGAAGCUCACGGGAAUGCUGCCUCUGUACAAUAAAAGACCUGUUCUGUUCAAAUGCAUUGGUUCUUUGUUGCUGUCGGUGUGGUUUCUCUCAAUCACUGCACACUUUCAGACACCGGCUGAGCUCUUAAAUUUGUCGUGACGGACGCUAAAGUUUAUUUAUGUUUAUUCAUAUGACAGACGCGAUUCACAGUAUGUGCAGAGUUUAAUAUUUGAUCAGUGUGUGUGUGAGUUACCUGUGGCUGCAUUAAUGUAAGAUCAAGAGUAUAAAGUCAUUGGAAAAACUAAUAU